AAAACUCUAAUGUUAAGCCUGAUGAAUUUGACCAAUAUUGUGAACUCCUCUCAAUUGCUCUUGAUGAAGAAUCUUGUCCUUUAGAAUGGUGGUGUAAACACAAUACCUUCUUUCCUACUAUAGUGAUUUUAGCAAAAAGAUAUCUUGCAGUGCUGGCAUCUUCUGUACCAUCAGAGUGUCUAUUUUCUGAUGCCAGAAAUCAUAUAAUAGAUAAGCAUAAUAGACUUGAUCCAGAUUUUUUGAACAAAUUA